UAAGUGCACAGCCAGGCUGUAUAAAAGGUCUACUUUGCAACCCUGUUGAAACACUAAGUAAGCACUCUCCGAAGGAACUACAACUACUGCUCAAGUACCUGUUCUUGCAAAACAAUUAUCAAACAACCAUCUGACCAUGAAUUCCUUCUUAGCCUUCGCCGUCUUGGUCACCUUAGCUCUGCACGCCUGCGCUGAAGACGCAAAAGAAGUCACCACGAGUACCUCGUCGUCUGCCAUUGAUAGAGCGACAAGCAUAUUGAAAGCCAGUGUCCUAAACGACAACGAUGCAAGCAAGUGGUCAGUCGUGCCGUCGGGCUACGGAAGCGCGCUGGCCACCGGCGGCGCAGUGGUGAUCGGCGUGGUCGUUCUGUUGGCCAUCGCAGCAGUGGUCAGUCCCCUGUUCGGGUACAGACUCUGCCAGAUUUUCAGCACCUGCGACGCGGCCACCGGACAGUCUUUCAGCGGCGACGGUUACUCGGGCUACGCAUCCGCUCCGUCGUACUCGACUUACCAAAAGAGGUCCAUCGAGUACGUGGGACCGAUCUUGCAAGCUUUGAACUCGGCAUACGAAAAAUACGGACACGGCGGCCCAAGUCCCCUGAGUCAAGUAAUCAAGAAAACCACUGCCCAACAGCAAUAAUAAUUGACCGAAUUCAAAUUUAAAAAAAACGCACAUUUUGUAUUCUAUUAUUAAAAAAAAAAAAAAUUAAUAAUAAUAAAUUAACGUUCCUUCAUAAGUUGUACAUUGACGUUUUUCUUAUUUAUGUA